CUGUGUGGGGUUUAUCCUGUCACCUGCAUCCUGCAAGGUGAUCCCCAUCCUCCUGCUCUCUUCAAGGAUGGAGAUUUUAUUAUUGGAGGGGUUUUCUCCAUUCACGACUAUCUGAAGGCAGAGAAACACACUUAUACUAGACGGCCACAGCCACUAGAAUGCACUGGGAGUGUGGGAUUCAGAGAGAUGCGCUUUGUUCGUGCCUUUGAGUUUGCCAUUGAAGAGAUCAACAACAGCUCUGAUCUCUUACCGGGCAUCACUUUAGGAUACCAUAUCUAUGAUUCUUGUGCAUCUGUGCCAAUGGCAAUAAAAGUAGCGUUUCAGCUCACAAAUGGAUUUGAUCUUGUAUAUAAUUACACUGGUUCAUGCGCAAAAUCUGCUGCUGUUACUGCUGUAGUUGCAGAAUCUGGUUCCACUCCAUCUAUAAGCAUAUCAAGACUUCUCAGUCCAUUUGGAAUUCCACAGGUGAGUCAUUACGCAACCUGCGCGUGUCUCAGUGAUAAGCGUCAGUAUCCUACUUUCUUCAGGACCAUCCCCAGCGACCACCAUCAAGCGGCCGCAUUGGCACGAAUGGUCAAGCACUUCGGAUGGACGUGGAUCGGGGCGGUGCGCAGUGAUUCAGACUAUGGGAACAAUGGCAUGGCAUCAUUUCUGAAAGCUGCGGAGGAGGAGGGAAUCUGUGUGGAGUAUUCAGAGGCCUACUACAGGACCCAGCCGCGCACUAAACUCAAAAGAGUCGCAGAUGUCAUUCGCAGGUCAACGGCUCGUGUAAUCGUUGCUUUUCUUGCCUCAGGUGACAUGAGAAUCUUAUUAGAAGAACUUAGCCAGGAGCCCCCUCCUCCGUUACAGUGGAUUGGCAGUGAGGCUUGGGUUACAGACCCAGAAAUGUUGCGCUUUAAUUUGUGCAUCGGUGCUGUUGGCUUUGGGAUCCAACGCUCUGUUAUUCCGGGUUUUCGUAAUUAUUUGCUUCACCUCUCUAUGGAGCAGGUGCUGAAAUUUCCCCUAUUAACAGAAUUAUGGGAAAACUUAUUUGAUUGUAUUUUAAAACAGCAAACGGGUUCUUCAUCUGGUUUGCCAGCAUGUGAUGGUACUCAGGACCUGCGCACAAUACAGAACCCAUAUACAGAUACAUCCCAGUUGAGAAUCACUAACAUGGUGUACAAAGCCACAUAUGCUAUAGCUCAUGCCAUCCACGGCAUUGUAUGUAACGACAAUAAAUGUGACAAAUACAUCAAAGUUGAGCCCCUGCAGGUUUUUGAACAGCUCAGGAGAGUGAAUUUCACUAAAAAUAAUUAUCCUGUUUCAUUUGAUAUUAACGGGGACCCAGUAGCCACCUAUGAACUUGUGAACUGGCAGCGUCAGAAAGAUGGUUCAAUUGACUUUGUCACAGUGGGUCACUAUGAUGCUGCACAGCCUAAAGGCCAAGAAUUCAGUUUGAGCAGAGCUAUAAUUUGGAAUGAUGGAAGUGAAAAGGUGCCUACGUCUGUGUGCAGUGAGAGUUGUCCUCCAGGCACUAGGAAGGCUGGACAGAAAGGAAGACCUGUCUGCUGUUAUGACUGUAUUCCAUGUGCAGAUGGAGAAAUCAGUAAUGAAACAAAUUCUGUGGAUUGUCUUCCAUGUUCACCUGAGUACUGGCCCAAUAAAGAGAAAGAUAAGUGCCUUCCAAAACCAGUGGAGUUUCUGUCAUGGGAUGAAAUACUUGGAAUCAUACUCGUCAUUGUCUCUAUUGCCGGCUCUUUGGUGGCUUUGAGCAUGGCUUUAGUGUUUUACAGAAACAGAGCUUCUCCCAUAGUAAAAGCCAACAACUCAGAGCUGAGCUUCCUGCUGCUCUUCUCAUUGACUCUGUGUUUUCUCUGUUCACUUACUUUCAUUGGUCGCCCCACUGAGUGGUCCUGUAUGUUACGUCACACAGCGUUUGGGAUCACUUUUGUCCUCUGUAUCUCUUGUGUUCUGGGGAAAACAUUAGUUGUGUUAAUGGCCUUCAAGGCCACACUUCCAGGAAGUAAUGUCAUGAAAUGGUUUGGGCCUCCACAACAACGACUUAGUGUUCUUGGUUUUACACUUGUACAGGUUCUUAUCUGUGUGCUUUGGUUAACAAUAUCCCCACCUUUCCCUUUCAACAAUAUGCAACACUACAAAGAAAAAAUCAUUCUAGAGUGCAAUUUAGGAUCAGCUGUAGGUUUCUGGGCUGUGUUGGGUUAUAUUGGUCUACUGGCUCUCUUGUGCUUCAUUCUGGCUUUUCUCGCCAGAAAGCUGCCUGAUAACUUCAAUGAGGCUAAAUUCAUCACAUUCAGUAUGCUCAUAUUCUGUGCUGUGUGGAUCACAUUUAUUCCGGCUUAUGUCAGUUCUCCGGGAAAAUUUACUGUAGCUGUGGAGAUAUUUGCCAUUUUAGCUUCAAGCUUUGGUCUGAUUAUCUGUAUUUUUGCUCCAAAGUGUUUCAUUAUUGUGUUUAGGCCAGAGCAGAAUACCAAAAAACAUUUAAUGGCAAAAGUACAGUAAUGCUUGCUGGCCGGAGAAAUGCAAGUUAAUCUCAUAUUAACAGUGACAAUACUGUACAUUACCAGGCUUUGUCCGGCUCUGUGUGGGGUUUAUUCAGUCACUUGCGCCCUGCAAGGUGAUCCCUGGCUGCCUGGUCUCUUCAAGGACGGAGAUUUUAUUAUCGGAGGGGCUUUCACCAUUCAUUAUUAUCUGAAGGCAGAGAAUCGCACCUACACUAGACGGCCACAGCCACUAGAGUGCAGUGGCAGCAUGGACACCAGAGAGCUGCGCUUUGGACGCGCUGUACAGUUUGCCGUUGAAGAGAUAAACAACAGCUCUAAUAUAUUACCGGGAAUCACUUUAGGAUACCAAGUCUAUGAUUCUUGUGGAUCUGUGCCGAUGUCAAUAAAAAUAGCAUUACAGCUCGCCAAUGGAUUUGACCUCGUUUAUAAUGACACCGAGUCAUGCGCAAAAUCUGCUGCUGUUACGGCGCUAGUAGGAGAAACAGGCUCCACUCCGUCUAUAAGCAUGUCAAGAAUUUUCGGUCGGUUUGGAUACCCACAGGUGAGUCAUUUCGCAACCUGCGCGUGUCUCAGUGAUAAGCGUCAGUAUCCUACUUUCUUCAGGACCAUCCCCAGCGACCACCAUCAAGCGGCCGCAUUGGCACGGGUGGUCAAGCACUUCGGAUGGACGUGGAUCGGGGCGGUGCGCAGUGAUUCAGACUAUGGGAACUAUGGCAUGGCAUCAUUUCUGAAAGCUGCGGAGGAGGAGGGAAUCUGUGUGGAGUAUUCAGAGGCCUACUACAGGACCCAGCCGCGCACUAAACUCAAAAGAGUCGCAGAUGUCAUUCGCAGGUCAACGGCUCGUGUAAUCGUUGCUUUCCUUGCGUCAGGAGACAUUAAUUUCCUUUUAGAAGAACUGAGCCUGGAGCCCCCACCUCCACUUCAGUGGAUUGGCAGUGAGACUUGGGUCAUAGACCCAGGAAUGUUGCGCUUUAAUUUGUGCAUCGGUGCUGUGGGCUUUGGAAUUCAGCGCUCUGUUAUUCCUGGGUUUCGUAAUUUUUUACUUGACCUCUUACCAGAAGAGGUACUGAAAUCUCCCCUGUUGACAGAAUUUUGGGAAAGCUCAUUUAGUUGUAGUUUAAAACAGCAAACAGAUUCUUCCUCUGGUUUGCCAGCAUGUGAUGGUACUCAAGACCUGCGUGCAUUAGAGAACCCGUAUACAGAUACAUCCCAGUUAAGAAUUACUAACUUGGUGUAUCAAGCCACAUAUGCUAUAGCUCAUGCCAUCCAUGCCAUUGUCUGUAACGGCACGCAGUGUGACAAAAACUUCAAAAUUGACCCCAGGCAGGUUUCUGAACAGCUCAAGAAAGUGAAUUUCACAAAAAAUAAUUAUCCUGUUUCAUUUGAUAUUAACGGGGACCCAGUAGCCACCUAUGAACUUGUGAACUGGCAGCGUCAGAAAGAUGGUUCAAUUGACUUUGUCACAGUGGGUCACUAUGAUGCUGCACAGCCUAAAGGCCAAGAAUUCAGUUUGAGCAGAGCUAUAAUUUGGAAUGAUGGAAGUGAAAAGGUGCCUGCGUCUGUGUGCAGUGAGAGUUGUCCUCCAGGCACUAGGAAGGCUGGACAGAAAGGAAGACCUGUCUGCUGUUAUGACUGUAUUCCAUGUGCAGAUGGAGAAAUCAGUAAUGAAACAAAUUCUGUGGAUUGUCUUCCAUGUUCACCUGAGUACUGGCCCAAUAAAGAGAAAGAUAAGUGCCUUCCAAAACCAGUGGAGUUUCUGUCAUGGGAUGAAAUACUUGGAAUCAUACUCGUCAUUGUCUCUAUUGCCGGCUCUUUGGUGGCUUUGAGCAUGGCUUUAGUGUUUUACAGAAACAGAGCUUCUCCCAUAGUAAAAGCCAACAACUCAGAGCUGAGCUUCCUGCUGCUCUUCUCAUUGACUCUGUGUUUUCUCUGUUCACUUACUUUCAUUGGUCGCCCCACUGAGUGGUCCUGUAUGUUACGUCACACAGCGUUUGGGAUCACUUUUGUCCUCUGUAUCUCUUGUGUUCUGGGGAAAACAUUAGUUGUGUUAAUGGCCUUCAAGGCCACACUUCCAGGAAGUAAUGUCAUGAAAUGGUUUGGGCCUCCACAACAAAGACUUAGUGUUCUUGGUUUUACACUUGUACAGGUUCUUAUCUGUGUGCUUUGGUUAACAAUAUCCCCACCUUUCCCUUUCAACAAUAUGCAACACUACAAAGAAAAAAUCAUUCUAGAGUGCAAUUUAGGAUCAGCUGUAGGUUUCUGGGCUGUGUUGGGUUAUAUUGGUCUACUGGCUCUCUUGUGCUUCAUUCUGGCUUUUCUCGCCAGAAAGCUGCCUGAUAACUUCAAUGAGGCUAAAUUCAUCACAUUCAGUAUGCUCAUAUUCUGUGCUGUGUGGAUCACAUUUAUUCCGGCUUAUGUCAGUUCUCCGGGAAAAUUUACUGUAGCUGUGGAGAUAUUUGCCAUUUUAGCUUCAAGCUUUGGUCUGAUUAUCUGUAUUUUUGCUCCAAAGUGUUUCAUUAUUGUGUUUAGGCCAGAGCAGAAUACCAAAAAACAUUUAAUGGGAAAAGUACAGUAAAAAUCCCCCUGA